UUUUUUUCUUUCCUUUUCUAUUUGAAAACGAGACUAUUUUUUUUAUGACACCACAGAAUUUACAGUACGAAAACAAAUAAUGAACAUCACAAAAGCUUAUGUGAUUAUUUUCCUUGUAGUGAUACUAACAAACUCAUUGUCCAACUCCAAUGGUUUGGCUUCAUCGGGUAUUUGUAUAUGUGUUUCAGUGAUCGAGACAUCAAAAAAUGAUGUAUGCUUUGUACCAUGCACGAUUAGGUAUGGAACAUUUGAAUGCUUUCAUGACUGUAUUCUCAAACUAUACCGUGAUGGAAAUUGUGUCCAUGGACGAUGUUGUUGCACAAAAUGAUAGAAAUCGAUCAGCAAUUUGAAACUGAAUUUAUGUUUUU